CCCUAUUGCAACCUCCCUACACAAGCACAGAGCUCUUCAACAUGGUUCGGCACAAGAAAGACAACUUCUCCUCCAGAGGGAAGAAAUACAACAAUGCGCCGCGAGCCAGAGGCCCACGAAACGACGACGAAGAUGGAGAUCACCCCGCAUCUCGCCCCUCCUUUAAGGCAGCAUGCUGGGAUUUGGGCCACUGCGACCCAAAGCGAUGUUCAGGGAAGAAGCUAAUGAAACUUGGACUUAUGCGGGAGCUUCACGUUGGACAGAAACACUCGGGCGUCAUCAUCAGCCCGAAUGCAAAACAAACAAUUUCUCCUGCGGAUCGAGAGCUGAUGGAGCAAUAUGGAGCUGCGGUGGUGGAGUGUUCGUGGGCUAGGGUGAAGGAAGUUCCGUGGCCGAAGAUUGGCGGGAAGUGUGAGAGACUAUUGCCGUAUCUGGUUGCUGCGAAUAGUGUCAAUUAUGGGAAGCCGUGGCGACUAAACUGCGUGGAAGCAUUGGGAGCGGCGUUCUACAUCUGCGGACAUCCAGAAUGGGCCGAGGAGGUACUGUCACAUUUCUCAUAUGGAGAGGCAUUCUUGGAGAUCAAUUCGUCAAUCUUAAAGAGAUACGCGGCGUGCAAGGAUGAAGAGGAUAUCAAGAAGACAGAGGAGGCUUGGAUGGCCAGAUUGGAGAGGGAAUACUCGGACAGCAGAGCGGAUGGUGAGAACGGACCUGAGACGGAUAUGUGGAAAGGUGGAAAUUCGAAUCACCGAGCGGCGGUCAGUUCAGACGAGGAAGACGAAGACGAAGAUCGUAAAGGGGAGGGAAGUGGGGAUGAGAUGGGCGGAAUGUACCUGGGCACGAAACCACCAAAGCCAGCUGAAGAGGAACCAGAGGAAGAUAAGGAUCCGUUUGAUAUCUCUGACGACGAAGAUGAUGAGGAAGAAAUGGCCGAAUUACGACGAAGAGUCCUCGCCUCGAAGCCCUUCUCGAACCCAACAGCGUUCGAAGAGAAGAAACCCCCGGAAAAAGUGUCUCGGCCGGUGCCACUGAAGGAAGAUUCAGAUGUCGAGGCAGACUCGGACAAUGGAGAUGAUGACGAGUUUGAUAAUAUCAUCAAUGCUACUCCAGUCACCGACAGAAUAGGCAUUCAAGCGAAGCAGAAAGCAAAGGCAGAGCCUCUUGCCAGCGCAGUAUUCUCCAGAGCAGUUGUUGGGGCGCCUAAAAAGUGGUAGCAUGGCAACUUAAUAAGCAAACACACUUCCCAAACCCUCAAGAUUCACAAGCUAUACGACUUCAAAUGUUUCUUCUCUGGUUGCUCCCAAGUUGAGAUGUCAAUCUUCAUGAACCGUAACUUAGAAAAGUGACGGUCCGUACACACCGCCCAUAUCCGUUGGUCAUGUUCUUAUCCCCAGAUUUCAUCAGGGUAGUCCGUGUGGUGUCAGAAGUCAAGACUUCCUGACCACAACCUUCACUCCACCCCCGCAUUAUUAAAGAGCUCCUUCACCUUGGCAGGAUACAGCCACUCGAGGCCCGAUUUACGUCGUUCAAUCAAGUCUACUUCCCUAACAUCCCGCGGAAUAAUUUCACCCCAGCGUGGCCGGUCCCC